UGUCCCGCCGCGCAGGGCUCCGGGGGUGCGGCUUUCCCUGCCACCGUCAUGUCUCGGAGCCCCCCGGGCAGUUCCGUGGAUGACAAGACCCUUCUCCUGGAGUACAGAUGUCACCCGCUGCAGCCAGAGCCCCCCAGCCCGACGUGUCCCCCCGGGAAGCGCAGCUCCACCACGGUGCCCGACACCACUUCACUCUCAGCAAUGGGCCCCUUGCCCGAGCCGCGCCGCAUCGUCCUCAGCACGGACAGCCCGGCCGCGCUGAAGGUGGGAACCCAGCAGCUGAUCCCCAAAAGCUUGGCUGUCUCCACCAAGACCAAGAACAAUCCUUCCCAGCACCAGAGCUUUGGAGCAGCCAGGCCGAGCCACGCGCCCCUGGGCCCUGAGCUGAAGCGGGCAGCUGUCCCCAGCGAGGAGGAGGUGGAGGAGGAUGGUGGGGGGACCCUCAAGCGCAACCUGAGGAACAUGUCCUACCGUGCUGCCAUGAAGGGCCUGGGCACAGAGCUGGAGCUGGUCCCCUCGCUGAAACCUGUGUCAGAGGAGGGCAGCCCCCUGGCUGGCCCCAGCAGGAGCAAGAGGACCUUUGGGCGGAGGCGGGUGCAGAAGCGUGGCGGCUCCUUCAAGGACCAGCCCCGGCUGUACCAGGAAAUCCGUGAGAGAGGUCUGAACUCUGUCAGCCAUGAGUCAGACGAGGAUUUGCCAGGGGAAUCCAUCCCAGAAGAGCACUCCCCUCCAAACACUGCUAUCGUGGUGCAGAGCUACCGCCAGGCGCAGGUGACCUGGAGCCAGCUGCCAGAGGUGCUGGAAGCCGGGAUCCUGAGGUGGAUAUCCCCCGAGGAGCGCAAGCGGCAGGAGGCAAUGUUUGAGAUCAUCACUUCUGAGUACUCCUACAUGCACAGCCUGAGCAUCCUGGUGGGCCACUUCAUGAAGUCGGAGGAGCUGAAGGAGACCAUGACUCAGACGGAGCACCACCACCUCUUCUCCAACAUCAGUGACAUCCUGACAGUCAGCACCAGCUUCUUUGGAGACCUAGAGAAGAGGCACCAGGAAAACCUCCUAAUUCCUGACAUCAGUGACAUAGUGGAAGAACACGCCUCGAACCACUUCAAUCCUUACAUCAGCUACUGCUCCAACGAAGUCUACCAGCAGAGGACUCUCCAGAAGCUGCUAAACACAAACCCCUUAUUUAAAGAGACCUUGAAACAAAUUGAAAGGAAACCAGCCUGUGGAGGCCUGCCAAUGCUAUCAUUUCUGAUUCUCCCUAUGCAGAGGGUGACACGGCUUCCUCUGCUCUUAGAUACUGUCUGUCAGAAAACAAAAGCAGGCACUGCAGUGUACGGAGCUGCCACCAGAGCUCUGAAAGCCAUCAGCAAGCUGGUGAAGAACUGCAACGAGGGAGCUCGUGCUAUGGAGAGGACAGAGCAGAUGUACACCCUGCAGAAACAGCUGGAAUUUGGAAAGAAAAAGCCUUUCCCGCUGAUCUCUGCGUCGCGCUGGCUGCUGAAGCGGGGGGAGCUGCACCUGCUGCUCUCAGAAGAGGCCGGGAUCUUCCGCCGCGGCGCCGGCAGGCUCUGCCACCUCUUCUUGUUCAACGACGUCCUGAUCAUCACCAAGAAGAAGAGUGAGGAGAGCUACAUCGUGAUGAACUAUGCCACGCUGGACCAGGUCACUGUGGAGAAGAUUGAGAAUGUGGACCCACCUUCCCCUCCUCCUGGGAAGAGUGGGCACCUGCUCCGGGUGGUGAUGGAGAAGGACAGUGAGGGCAGGCGGGAGGAGAUCGUGCUGUCGGCAGAGACGCUGAGUGACCGGGCCCGCUGGAUUGCUGCACUGAUGCACAGAGAAAAGGAGAAGCCUGACACCACUCCCAGAGGAGACCUGAGCCAGGUGGAGAUCACCCGUGCGUACCUGGCCAAGCAGGCGGACGAGCUGUCCCUGCAGCAGGCUGACGUGGUCCUGGUGCUGGCUGAGGAGGAUGGCUGGUGCUGGGGCGAGAGGCUGCGGGAUGGCGAGCGGGGCUGGUUCCCCCAGAGCUGUGCCCGGCAGAUCACCAGCCGCUCCGCCGUGGAGGGCAACGUGCGCCGGAUGGAGCGGCUGCGCCUGGAGACCGACGUGUAGGGGCAGGCCAAGGGCAGGGGCCUCUGCCACCUUUGUGGACUGAGCCCACGGUGAGAAGAGAGUGGGAGAUCCUUGCUUCUGGAGUUUCGUUUGCCUCAAGCAGUUGCUGGCAGCAGGUCUGGCUGCUCAGGACCAGUCUCUAGCAGCCAGGACAGGCACUGAUGGAGGGGUGCACUGCCAGCCAGAGGUGGUAAUGGCCUGGAACAGGCAGUCAGGGUGUUGGCUCCAGUUGGAAAGUUGUGGCUGAAGCUGCCAUCCCCAUCCCUGCUACACCUCAUGUGGGCAUGGGGAGAGCAGGCCUGAAUCCAGAAUUUUUAGGAACUUUAAUCUAUAAGCUGGGCUUGUUCCUGGACCCAGUUUUUCCCUCCUCUUUUAUUAUUUUAUCUUUUUUUUGUUUUGUUUUCCUUUCCCCCCCCGCCAAUAAAUCCAUGGGCCCCA